CCUCCCCGCCUCCGGUCAGCUGGCCGGGACUUGUCGGUCUGCUGUUGGCGGCGUGCGUGCACACGCGACGCGCGGUGCGCUGUUUUGCUCGAGUUUGUACAGUUCGUACUGCGGAACUGCGCGAACUUGGGGCCUGUCGCCGCGGGUCGAAGGAGCGCGUCGUUCAAAUUCAAACCCAGCGAGUGCGGCACUCGAAGCGUUCGCGCGGUGCGCGUGCGUUUGUGUUUUGGCGCGUGUGAAUCGAGAAGUACGGUUCAUCUUGGGAGUUUCUCGGCGGGACAUUACUCGCCCGUUGCCGCGCGCGACGGCGCAGAGGUGGGCGCGUGCGGUACGUCCGACCAGCGGCGGCACAUGUCUGAAGACGAGAGCGACGUGGAUUUGGACCCGGCGCAUCAACUCGUCAGGUUGCGCAGACGACUGCCGGCGUUCAAGCAGCGGCCGCCGCCGAGCAGCGACGACAGUGACGAGAGCGAAGACCCUUUACCGGACGGCUACUGUCACCGCAAGUCGACGUCGGCCAACUCGUGCUGGACCAUCUCCGAUUUGAGCCGUCUGGACGGCAGCGGGCCGCUGUCGCCCGCCGCGAAAACUGGUUACAUGUGCGAGUACGUGGGAAGCUUCGACGUCUCGGACAACGACGUCUGGGUCAAGCCCGAGCUCAUGGAGGCUCAGCUGUUCCGCAUGAGGGCUUCUCCUUCAAAGAGGACUGUGCUUAUCCUGGUGACGCUGACGGGCGUGAAAGUAUGCACCACCGAUGGAAAGGCGGUGCUGAUGGCGCACGCGGUGCAGCGCAUCUGCUGGGCCACGUGUAACCCGGGCCAGUUCCAGUUCGCCUUCCUGGCGCGCGAACCGAGGCAGCGAGCGGACCAGAGGCACUGCCACGUCUUCCGCACCAGGAGCCCGAGACAGGCUGAAGACCUGAGCUCCCUGGUGGGAUCGGCCUUCCGCAUGGCGUACGCGCGACAGCUCCAACAGCAGCACCAGCAGCAGCAGCAACAUCACCAGCAGCAGCAGCGACAGGGGCUCGCCGUGCAGAGUCCGCGGAGCGCAAGCCCCGCCGCCUCCGCCCCGGCUGACAUGGCGAAACCCGGAAGCCCCGCGUCGUCCCCGUACAAGACCGCUGUCACAGCUCCCGCCGCGAACGGGCGGCCCGAGGCUUCGCCCCCAAACGCCUACACCAAGGUCUGGGCCAAGAAGGUGGCGGGCCGCACCAAGCACCGGGACCCCGUGGCGGAGAGCUUUCUGGAGCUGAACGUACGCAGUCUGCAGCAGCAGCACUACGGCGCGCUGAGCGGCUCCGCGCGGCCCUCGAGCGUGCCGGUGACGCCCAGCCACCAGCACUACCAGCGUCCCGGCGAACGAGGCGUGGACCCGGACCUGCUGUCUCCUUCGAGCAACGAGGACAACACGUCGCCCACCGAGCUCAACCGGCACUUCACCGACAAGCCGCCGCCCGUCAAGAAGCUCGAGGACAGCUGGCAGCAGCAGCAGCAACAGCAGCAACAGCGCUGCCCGAGCAUUGGAGGACCGGAUGGAAUGGAGGACAGCAGGGCCUCCUCGCCCGUGCCGAUGGGCUCGCGACCUCCGAGCUCGGCGCUGCGCUCGAGCCCCUUGUCCUCUGAGGCGUGUAGCGUGCGCUCUUCGGUGCGCAGCCGGCGUUCGUCGGGUUCGCCCAGCGGCCGCCAGAGGAGCGCCUCGGGGUCGCCGCGGCCCAACGGCCUCGCCACGAGGGUCGCCUUCGCCCCAGCUCCGCCAAGGCGGCAUGAUUCCCUGAACGUGAAUGAAGAGGAGGAACUGCGCGAAGCCCCCUGGUAUCAAGCUGGCAUCCCCAGGGAGAUCGCUCUCGAAGUGCUGUCGCAGGAGCCAAUCGGGUCCUUUCUGGUGCGCCAGAGCAGCACCAAACCCGGGUGCUUUGCACUCUCGCUGAGGGUCCCCAGGAGCAUCCAGCCGAGUGGCAUCGCCCACUAUCUCAUCAUGCACACCAACAGGGGCUACAAAAUAAAGGGCUUCACAAAGGAGUUCAGCACCCUGACAUCACUCAUCACGCAUCACUCGGUCAUGCCAGAGCUGCUGCCAUGCCCGCUCUCCCUGUACCGAUACAACUCAACCUUCCGGAAGCAUGGCUCAGCUGAGGACAUGGUGGACAUAGAUGAAGAUCCCGACUACACGCUGCUCUCAGACUUCCGCAAGAUGAUGGCCGACGCUGUUUGACUUGCGUAGCUGGCUGCAUGCUAGUCUUAAUAUCUAUCUGGUGGCGACCACAGUUAGUAUCAACAGUGGUGAUAUGGUGAUAAGCAAGCAAUGCUGGUCAGUGCUUGCCCUCUGCAGCUACGCAUUGUCCUGACCAGGCACAGUCUCACAAGUCGUUCGUGCUGCUGCACAAGGGACAAACCAAGUUCUGGUAGCAUAGGGUUGCCGAUGGGAUCAAUGUGAACAUGCUACGUUGUGAUAACGCCUCCACUGCUAAACUCAAGUCACGACCUGCCAUCUAUAAACAGGCUCUUGCAAGCAAGAGGCUCAACUGACUUCAGAGCCAAAGUGUGGAGAAAUAAAGGAUUUUAUGUGUGUCUUUUACACGUA